CAAGGCGGGGGCCCAAAGCACUGAGGCUGAGGGACCCGCCAAGGCUCCGUCGUCCGAGAGGCAGGGCCUGCUGCCGUCGGACAGAGUCUCUGGACUCCCAGUUUCCUGGCCAGGGAGGAGGAGGAAAAGGUGAGACCUAUCUGCCAGGCUGGGCGUGGCCUGAGGGCCAGGCUGUUGGUCCUGGGAUGCCUCAGCCCAAGCCCAGUGAGCAGGAGGGUGAGAGCAUGAAGGCCAGCAAGGAGCCAGCUCCCCAGCCUGGCACAGAUGUGGUCCCAGCAGCCCCCAGGAAGCCCAGAAAGUUCUCCAAACUGGUCCUGCUGACAGCCUCCAAAGACAGCGCCAAAGUGGCUGGGGCCAAGCGCAAAGGAGUGCACUGCAUCAUGUCCCUGGGAGUGCCAGGCCCAGCCACCUUGGCUAAGGCCCUCCUCAAGACUCAUCCUGAGGCUCAGCGGGCCAUUGAAGCGACUCCCCCGGAGCAGAAGCGCAGCAAGCGGAACCUGGAUACAGAUGGUCCAGAAGACAAUGGAGGGUCAGGGGCGUCUUCUUCAAGUUCAGAGGAGACCACUGUGCCCCCCAAGGCCCCCAGCACUUCCCUGUAACGUUGGCAACGGCUGUUGCAUAAGCUACUUUUAUAAGUAAGAGACAAAGAGAGAAAAUAAAAGAAGCUCUGUGAUAUUUCCCACCA